UUGAAAUUGACACAAAAAUGGAUUCUGAUUUCAAGUCAAUCCUGUCUCGUUUAGGAUACAAAGGAGCUCUCCCGUCCCUUGGAGCAGCAGCUGUCAAUAAAAGAAUAGAAUCAUUUAUAAAAUUAAUAACUCAAGAACUGAAAUCAUGCGAGGCUUUAACUGGAGAAGCAAAGGAAAAUUUUGAAGAAUUAGUAAGACUUAAUAAAGAACUAUCUAGGGAGGAUUUCAGGAAAGUCCUUAGGAAACGUCAAGACGCCAAGUUAAAGAACCAAGAGAAAUACGAACUAGAGGCUAAGGAAUUGGAAGAGAGAGCACAAUCACUUAAAGAACAAUUACAGACACUGAAUCAUAUUCACAGACUAAUGAGUUUGCAGAAUGAGAAGUGUUUAAGAGAGCUCGAAGCAGCUGGAAAUGAUUUGAAAUUGCUUCAAAAUGAGCACCAAGAAGCAGCACUUAAAUCAGAAGAAGCAAACACAAAAUUCAUUCAAUCACUUUCUAAUCUCAAGGCCUCCAUGAAUAGACUCAUCGGUCUCUAUAGCAACCAGACCAGCCCUCAAACGAGAGAGAGGAAGAGAGAGGGAGAGAGAGAAGGAUCCUCAUGUUCUUUAUUAUCCUGCACGUCACUCGAACCUUAUUACAAAGCAGAAGAAGAAUUCAUGAAGUGUUUGACUGACUUUGCUAAAAAGCAAUUCUUACCAGGUAUGUCUAAAAUGACUGAUCUCUCUGACACGGCUGACUUUGGUUUAAAAGAUGAAGAGGAGUUGUCCCAAUAUCUUACCAAACAGGAGUACGACAAGCAAUCAGAGCAACUCAAACGACUCCAAACAAUUUACCCUAUUGUACAGACUCAGUUGAUACGUCAGGAGGUUAAUAAAAGUCAUUUUGCAGCUACUUCUAAGAGGACGAUGGAAGAGAUAGAGGAGAUUAAGAGUGGGAGGGGCUUAGUCAGUCUUGAGACUGAGGCUCUAAGGUGUUUUGGAUUUAUUUUGCAUCUUAAUUUUUUGAGCUCAUUUUAUCAAGUAACUCUGCAGUUAUAA